AUCACCAAAGAAUCGCGUGUUUGCGCGCAUAUAUAAAUCCCUUCCUCCUCCCUACCUUCCCCUGCAUUCACUGGCACAGAGAGAGACAGGGAGAGUGUCUGUGUGUGUGUGUAUACGGUAGAGAGAGAGUGUGAGGGAGUGAGAGUAAGCAAUUUCUCUGCCAUCAAUGCUUCUCAGGAAGAAAGCGUGACGACCUAUCGCUUUUUCACGGAUCUUACAUCUGUGUGCAGAUUGCUGCUUAGCUGCUCUAUAGAUUCGUAAUUUGCUUCUCUGAACCCAGUGCUUGAACUCCGGUUUUUAGCUUUGUUUUUUGGUUUCUGAUAUAUACAUUGGCGUGCCUGGUGAUCGGGGAUGGAGCUCAGUCAGGUGACGCUUGAGAUCUUCUCUAAGCUGGAGCAGAAGUGGCUUUCUCACUGUGAAGGCCGAAAGACCAGGAUUCUUAGCAUUGACGGAGGUCGAACUACCGGCAUUGUCGCCGGUGCUGCGUUGAUUUGCUUGGAGGAUCAGAUCCGAGCGAAAACCGGGGAUUCUAACGCCCGAAUUGUUGAUUUUUUUGACGUUGUUGCCGGUACCGGGAUCGGCGCGUUACUUGCCGCAAUGGUGACGGCCGACGACGGCAACGGCAGGCCGAUUUUCACCGCGAGGGAGGCUGUGAGAUUCGUGGCGCAGAAGAACGCUGAGAUGUUCAAGUCAAAAAGUGCCGGAUUUCUCCGCCACCGGCCAAAGUUUUCCGGUAAGAAUAUGGAAAAGGUUUUGAAGGAGGCGUUGAGAAGAGAUGACGGAAAGGUAUUGACAUUGAAGGAUACGUGCAAACCUUUGCUUGUCCCUUGUUUUGAUCUGAACAGCUCUGCGCCGUUCGUUUUCUCCCGAGCAGACGCAUCCGAGUCACCGAGCUUCGACUUCGAGCUCUGGAAGGUGUGCCGCGCGACAUCGGCGACUCCAAGCCUCUUCAAACCAUUUCCGCUAACGUCCGUUGACGGAAAAACAUCCUGCCUGGCCGUCGACGGCGGCCUCGUCAUGAACAACCCGACCGCCGCCGCCGUCACUCACGUCCUCCACAACCGGCGCGAUUUCCCCUCUGUCACCGGUGUCGAAGACCUCUUAGUCCUGUCCUUAGGUAACGAUCCAUUAAGCGCUCAGUCUCGCCGGCGACUCCGUCGCAACGGUGAGUGCUCGACCACCGCAAUCGUCGACAUUGUCCUCGACGGUGUCUCAGAGACCAUAGACCAGAUGCUAGGGAACGCCUUCUGCUGGAACCGCACGGACUACGUCAGAAUUCAGGGUAACGGCCUGGUAACCGAGAGUGGAGUGGUGGGGGAGAGAAUGGAGGAGGUGUUGAGAGAGAAAGGAGUGGAGUCGUUGCCGUUCGGCGGGAAGCGGUUGCUCUCGGAGACUAACGGACAGAGAAUCGAGAACUUCGUUCAGCGGCUGGUUGCGUCCGGGAGGAGCAGCCUGCCGCCCAGUCCCUGCAAAGACACCGCCGUCAGCCCUCUAGCUAACGGUCGUUAGUUCUGUCUUUUUUAUUAUUAUUAUUUUUAUAAAAAUUUUCUCUUUUUUUAAGAGUAGGUUUUUCACUUUUUUUCUUUUUAGCCGUUAGCUUUUUCUUCCUUUUCUUUUUUAAUGUUAUAGGAAAAGACUAAACUGUGUCUUAGCUUGAUAUGAGUAAUAUAUAAUAAUAGUAACCUCUUAGU